CCAAGUUCAAACUAAACGGUAACCGAUAAUUACUAUCAUCUUUCACUAAUCACGUAACAGCAUUACCACAACAUAUUUCGUGAUUACAAAUAUACAACAAGAAAGUUUAUCAGUUUAUCAGGAAAAACAUAAAACGACAAGUUGACAACCGUCUACGUCCAUCAACUUUACCAAUGUACUCUCUAAAUAAGCACAUUUUUAAUUAUUUACGAAAAACGAUUAGAUAUAAGUACCUAUUUAAAUGUAGCUGAAUUUUAGUCAUACUGUUAGAAUGGUUAAAUUAUGAUUACGUUACAAUGUUUUCCUAGUCACUUUACCAUAAGUAUAUUUUUAUUUUUUACGGCUAAAAACUGAUCUCGACUCUUCGUUUAUGACCGAACUGUGAGUUAUAAACAUGAAUAAACCUAAUAUUUCGCCUAAAAAGAAAUCGAGCUUGUUAAGUAUUCUACACUUAAGGAAAAAAAAAUCAACGACACCCGAAAAUGAUACAUCAAAACAAUCAUUUUGUCAAUUAGAUGGUCCAUAUCGUAAUGUUUCUAAUCCACUCAAUAGAAGCACAAAUGUGUCUUUAUGUUGUGCAAUUACUGAAACAACAAAAACACCAUCUGAUUUUCAAAAUGGAGAGAAUUCAAAUGAACCUGAUGUCUGUUCUUGUGCAGUGGAACCCAAUACUUCUCAUAAACGGUCUUUGAGUUUGGGGUUACAUUCAACUAUCAACGGUGUAAAUUCAGAAUAUAAAGAAAUUGAUUCAAAAGAACUGUCAACCCCUUCUUUAGAAAAAUGUGAGAGGUUACGGAAGAUGUUUGGCAAUGCGCAACAUGUGUCGGCUGAUAAUAUAAUUAUUCCAAAAACCACUAGUAUAAAUACAGCAGAUUCAAAGCCAAUUCGACCAUCAUCUACAACUACUUUAACAGCAUCUGAAUAUUUAAAGAAAACUGAAACUAAAAAUAACUCAAUGGAUAGUUUAGCCAGACAGGCUUUAUUUGCAGUAGAAGUAUUACAUCUCAUUCCCACAUCUGAUGUUAAAGAACGAAACUAUUUGCAUGGACGUAUUGCAGGAAAUUCUUUACUAGGAGCAAUGGAAUUGGAGCGAGUUUUACAUAAUCGAGAAGUUCGUAUAUAUGUUGGAACGUGGAAUAUGAAUGGCCAAGCACCUCCACCUGAACUAAAUGAACUAUUAUUGCCCGAUACUGUUCCUCAUCUGCCAGAUAUUCUUGCUAUAGGUACCCAAGAAAGUUAUACUGAUAAGUUUGAAUGGGAAGUAAAUAUUCAAGAAACUAUUGGUCCAUCACACAUUCUUUUUCAUUCUGCUUCACUAGGCACAUUACACUUGGCUAUUUAUAUUAGAAGAGAUUUAAUUUGGUUUUGUUCUGUUCCUGAAGAAUCGAGUUUUAGUACUAGACCAGGAACUGCAUUUCGAACAAAAGGUGCUGUUGCAAUAUCAUUUUCUUUAUUUGGAUCAUCAAUUUUAUUUAUAACAUCACAUCUUACUGCACACGUGGAAAAGGUUAAAGAACGUUUACAAGAUGUGCGUAGAAUUAUUAAAUCUUUGGAACUUCCAAAACUUUUGCCUGUUAAACAUAAAACAAAAGAUGUUACCAAUAAUUUUGAUUAUGUAUUUUGGUGUGGAGAUUUAAACUUUAGAUUGGCUCAUUCACGACCUGAGGUAAUGAAAUGGAUAACACAGCACAGAUUUCCAUUAGCUUCGCCUAUGCACCAAACACUUUCAGAUCAACUUAAUGACUGUAUUUCAAACGGUUUAGUAUUUCGUGGAUUCCAAGAAGGCCCAUUAACAUUUGCACCAACAUAUAAAUAUGAUCCAGGAACUGAAAUGUUUGAUACAUCUGCUAAACAAAGAACACCUUCAUAUACAGAUAGAAUUCUUUACAAAUGUGGAAAACAACAGGUUCUACCUAGUCCCACAGGAUCCACUUGUACUUCAUCUAGUAUUGAAUGUUUAACUUACUGUUCAGUUCCAUCAGUAUGUACAUCUGACCAUAAACCAGUUUGGGGUCUUUACAAGUGUUCGAUUCGGCCGGGUAUUGAUACUAUGCCUUUAGCUGCUGGACAAUUUAAUCGAGAAGUAUACUUGGAAGCAAUCAAAAGACGAGCAGCAAGUAUGGAUAAGCGUGUUGGAACUUCUGCUGUUUGUAAUGUGCAAUAACAACAAAAACUAUUUAGCCAAAAAAUUGGCAACAAGUGAUAAAAUAUUCUUAAAAGGGUACUAUAUAUUAGUUAAUAGAAUAAUAUUUAAAGGGGGAUCAAAUAACUAAUCAUUUGCAUUAAUCAAAAAUGAUUAAAUAUUAAGGAGUUAAAUGACGCACUAAAAGACUGCAUGUAAAAGAUAAAACGAUCAGCUAUAUUAAAUUUGCUUGACUGUCUAUGGUGCUUUCAUUUUAAUAUUGUUUUUUGAAGUUUUAUAGAUAUUUUAACCUUACCAAAGUAAUUUUGUCUAGUCAAAAUAAAUUGUAAUUUUAAGUGUAAUUUGCAAUGCCACUUACCACUUAUUAUUAUCCUUUUCUUGCUAUAAUUUUAAUUUUUACCUAUUUAC